AUGGCUGAUGCAAUUGUUAAUCUUGCCUUGGAGCAGCUGCUUCAAAUCACUGCUCAAAAGAAAAAGGAAGAGGUGAGGCUAGUUGGUGAUGUCAAAAAUGAAGUGCAAAAACUCCGGAGAAAUCUUAAAGCCAUUCAAGCUGUGCUACUUGAUGCAGAGGAGAAGCAAGUGAAGGACCAAGCUGUGAGACAUUGGUUAGAUCAGCUCAAAGACACAUCCUAUGACAUGGAAGAUGUGUUGGAUGAGUGGAAUACUGAAAUCAUGAGGUUGCAGGUUGAAGGAGAUCUUGAAGAUGCUCCUGCUCCUAAGCAGAAGGUAACUUCCUUCUUCCCCUGUUCUUGCUUUGGUAUCAAACAAGUUGUUUUGCGCCGUGAUAUAGCACUAAAGAUAAAAGAAUUAAAUGAAAAACUAGAUAUUAUUGCCAAAGAAAAAGAUAGAUACAGUUUCAAGGAGACGAGCACUGAAACAUUUGAACGAGUUCGAACUACGUCUUUAGUUGAUGUGGCUGAAAUAUAUGGUCGAGAAUCUGAGAAGAAUUCUUUAGUGAGUAAGUUGUUAGAUGAGAGAAAUGAAGAACAAAAAAACCUUUCUGUCAUCUCACUUGUAGGGUUGGGAGGAAUCGGGAAAACAACUCUUGCUCAACUAGCGUAUAAUAAUGAUAAGGUCAUGAGCCAUUUUGACAUAAAAAUAUGGGUGUGUGUAUCAGAUCCUUUUAAUGAGAUUAGGGUUGCCAAAGCAAUCAUCGAAGGACUGAAAUGUCCUACCAAUGAUUUUGUUGAAUUGGAAUCUCUUUUCAAAUGUAUUCGUCAAUCUAUUACAGGAAAAAAAUUUCUUCUCAUUUUAGAUGAUGUGUGGUCAGAAGAUUACAACAAAUGGGAACCAUUUUAUCACUGUCUAAAGAAUGGUUCCUAUGGUAGUAAAGUUUUGAUUACAACAAGGAAUGAAAGAGUUGCAUCGAUUAUGGGGUCAAUUGUUCUUAUCAUAAUGGAGCAAUUACCUCAGGAGGAAUGUUGGUUGUUGUUUAAACGAUUGGCAUUUUUUGGUAGGCCUUCUAUGGAGUGUGAAAAAUUAGAGAAAAUUGGAAGAGAAAUUGUUGCAAAGUGCAAGGGCUUGCUGCUUGCUGCAAAAACUAUUGGCAGUCUCUUGCGAUUUAAGAGAACUAGAGAUGAAUGA